AUGAUCGGUACAAACGUUGAUCAAAAGGCUUCGGUGGUGCUGAUGGGCCACAUCGGCAUCUACUCGAGCGAGUGGGAUCAGGAUUUCUUCCUCGGCGUCCCGUAUGCUUUGCCACCGACUGCAACCAAGUACGCCGCUGCCUGCGUCGGCUAUGGCAGUGACCAUGACUCCUACUCGAACGUCUCCGAGGAUUGUCUUUACCUCAAUAUCGUCCGACCCUCAAGUUCUGUCAGGCCCGGCUCGGAAAGACUCCCUGUCGUGGUUUGGAUUCAUGGCGGAGCAUUAAACGAGGGCUCGGCGAACGACCUGCGAUACAACCUCACUUUCAUCGUCGACCGCAGCGUCAAGAUCGACAAGCCGAUCAUCGCUGUCAGCAUCAACUACAGGUUGAGCAUAUGGGGCUUCAUUACUGGCAACGAGGCUAUCCACAGCGGGAAUGCGAACUUGGGGCUCAAAGAUCAGAGGUUGGCGUUGAAAUGGGUUAAAGAGAACAUAGGUUACUUUGGGGGAAACACGAGCCAGAUAACUAUCUGGGGGGAAUCUGCCGGCGCCUUCUCCGUCGGUGCACAUCUCACAGCCUACGGCAGCCGUGACGACAACCUCUUCCACGGCGCCAUCAUGCAACCCGGGAGCCCCCUCUACUACGGCUCGAUUCGGGACUGGAACAAGACAGCAUACAAUAUCGUGUCCGAAGGUAUGUCCUGCAACACCAUGGACGGCGGUCUACAAUGUCUGCGAGAGGUUUCGUUCGAGAAGCGAAACAGUUUCAUCACCGAGACUGGCUUGACGCAAGCUGGAUUAUGGCAACCCGUUGUCGACGGAGAUUUCAUCCAGGGCCACGCUAGUGAGCAGCUCGCAGAUGGCGCAUUCGUUCGGGUCCCUAUCAUCACAGGGGCGAAUUCGGACGAAGGGACAGCCGUCGUCAAUGGUACCCUCUUCGAUGCGACACUCGACAACGAAGAAAAGACAGAUGAGUACAGUUACAUUGCGCCAUGGUUGUCCGCUCGCGAGACCAACACUCUCAAAUUUCUCGAAAGUACGUUCCCCCGCGUCAUUUCCAACCCUAUUGAUGUUCAAAAACUGACAAUUUACAGCAUUUCCUAUUCCCCUCCGUUCCCGCCGGCUAUCUCCCGACAAUCUGGAACGUCUACCGAAAUGAAGAAAUUCCUGCAUACAGACCGUAUGCUGAAUGGAAUUCUUCCACCUUCUCGAACUGAAAUCGCCGUGUGGCGAACGCCUACUACGGCGAUGCAACCAUCCAUGCCCCGCGUCGUCUAA